UCACUCUAUACUUUAUCGGCUCUGCGUGCCGCCCGAAGACUCUCUUACGGGUCGCGGUUUGGGCUAAAUCCUUCACGCGCUUCGGAGCGUCGAUGCCUUUGAACGGUCUUUUCCUAGAAGCCCCGUUCUGUCCCGAACGAGUGUGUUGUCAGUUAACUGAGUACAUCCUGAAAUGACUCCGGCUACCCCCAUUCUAGAAGGCUCUACACCAUGGCUCUUGGCACCACUAGGAAUUUUGAUCCUGACUCUUCUUUGGGCUGCAUGCAAACUUGGGCUGAUCUAUCCGUUUUGGCAUCAGGUGGACCCUAAGAGCACUCGGCACGGUGGGGAGAUUGUGGCGGAAGUACUGAAAGCUCACGGUGUGCGUUAUGUGUUCACGUUGGUUGGUGGCCAUAUCUCACCUAUUUUAGUGGCCAGCGAGAAGCUAGGCAUUCGCAUUGUGGACACGAGGCAUGAAGCAACAGCUGUAUUUGCAGCCGAUGCAGUGGCCAGGCUCUCAGGGACUCUGGGAGUUGCUGCAGUAACAGCAGGACCAGGAGUGACAAACACUGUAACGGCUGUGAAAAAUGCGCAGAUGGCAGAGUCUCCAGUCUUAUUGAUUGGAGGGGCGGCAGCCACGUUGCAGAAGGGUCGAGGGGCUCUCCAGGAUAUUGACCAGUUGUCUCUCUUCAAGUCACUUUGUAAAUUCUGUGCUUCAGUGAAGACUGUUCGAGAUAUCAGCCCUGUGCUGCGAAAGGCCAUUGCCAUUGCUCAGUGUGGCACGCCAGGUCCUGUGUUUGUGGAAUUUCCUUUGGAUGUUUUGUACCCCUAUCAUUUAGUGGAGAGAGAGGUGCUCAAGAGUGAUGCUUCCAAGAGCCUGAUGGGGAAGAUUGUUAAUUGGUAUCUACGCAGAUAUUUGGGGAACCUGUUUGCUGGGGCGUGGGAGGAACGAGACUUUUCACCUCUGCCAGUGAGCAUUCCAAAGGCCACACAAAAACAGAUGCAACAAUGUGUGGAGCUCAUCAGCAGGGCUAAGAAGCCCAUCAUCCUUCUUGGCAGCCAAGCGACCCUGCCUCCCACUCCAGUAAAGAAGCUCAGAGAUGCUCUAGAAGAACUGGGGAUCCCGUGCUUCCUAGGAGGCAUGGCCCGUGGCAUGCUAGGAAGGAACAGUCCUGUACACAUUCGUCAGAACCGCCGUGAGGCACUCAAGGAAGCAGAUGUGGUCAUUUUGGCAGGCACAGUCUGCGAUUUUCGUCUCUCCUAUGGGCGUAUCUUGAGCAAGCGCAGCAAAAUCAUUGCUGUCAACAGGAACCAGGAGCAGCUAUUGAAAAAUGCACCCAUGUUAUGGAAGCCCCAUAUUGCCAUCAAAGGGGAUGCUUCCUCCUUCCUUGUGAAUUUGAGCCAAGAGCUUAAGGGCUAUUCGUGUCCCCAGGACUGGGUAAUGAGUCUGAAGGAGACUGAUCACAUGAAGGAGAAAGCAAACAGAGAGAAGGCAGAAGAAUCUACAGAGCAGCACCUCAACCCACUGAAGUUGCUGCAUCAUGUGGACUCCUUGCUUCCUGAAGAUAGCCUGCUGGUUGCAGAUGGAGGUGACUUCGUGGCAAGUGCUGCUUACAUUGUAAAACCGAGGGGCCCGCUGUCCUGGCUGGAUCCAGGAGCCUUUGGGACCUUGGGGGUUGGUGGAGGCUUUGCUUUAGGAGCCAAGCUCUGCAGGCCAGAGUCAGAGGUCUGGAUCCUAUAUGGAGAUGGUUCUCUUGGGUUCAGCAUCAUGGAGUUUGACACUUUUGUGCGACAUAAGACACCAGUGAUUGCCUUGGUGGGGAACGAUGCCUGCUGGAGCCAGAUCUCCCGGGAGCAAGUUCCUAUGCUGGGUAGCAAUGUAGCCUGUGGCCUGGAUUACCUGGAUUACCAUAUAGUGGCAGAAGGCUUAGGAGGGAUUGGUUUCCUGCUCAGCCGGCAGAAUGAAGACCAAAUGGAUGACGUCAUAAGGACAGCACAAUCUAGGUGCAGAAGUGGACAACCUGUCCUCCUCAAUGCCCUCAUUGGGAAAACCAACUUCCGUGAAGGCUCCAUUUCUGUUUAGGAGUGAAGAUAAGUGAAGAUAUUCUGCCUUGCUCGAGAUAUCUGGCUCAGUUGAAAUAUUCCUAAGAAAGGAGUCAACGUGAAGUUAUUGCCUUUGUGUUGGCAGCC